CAGUGAUUUAGAACCCUCAACAAGCGUAACUGCUAAUACGGAGAGGGAGAGAGAGAGAGAGAGAGAUGGCAGGGUUGCUAGCAUGGGCAGCGGAUGUGGUAGGAGGAGGUAGCAACGACGAAGAAGACGAUUCCAGCAGCAUUCCAAUCCCACUCUUAUUCACUCCUCAACAACAACACUACUCCAUUGAGUUGGGUCUCAAAUCAGCUUCCCUUAGCCGUUCUAUCCAAGAUCUACGGCUCACACUCCCUUCCCAUCACAUCUCCCUACGCCUCCCCCAUCUCCACGCUCACUCCCUCGCCUCCAAUGCCGCUCUCGCCCUCCAAUUCGACUCUCACUCCUCCACCAGACAACAGGCACAAUUGAGAGAGACUACGUUGCAAGAAGAAAAUAUUGCCUUUGAAAAGGUUAUAUCCAAUUGCGAGGAUAAAAUACAGGAGAGGUUGCAAGAAGCAGAAUUACUUCGAGCUAAGUUAAAGAAAACAGACUUGGCUGAGAAAAAUCUGAAGACUGAGUUGGAAAAUGCGCUGGCUGCAUUGGAUGUCAGGAAAUCUAGAAAAUCUGGUGAAUUGUUGAUUGAUUCGAAAACUGCGGUUUUAGCCCAAGAAGACACAAAAGCUUCAGAAUAUGCUCUACUGGACAAGUUAGAGAACAAGAAAAAAGAACUGUGUUCAACAGAAGAGAUGAUUCAAGAAUUGGAGAAGAAAUGGGCACAGGUCCAAGAGAAUGCACUGAAGCAGCUUUCUUCAGCUCAGAGAGAGAAAAUAUUGGAUAGACAGCUUCACAGCCUAAUUGAACAACUGGCCGCAAAGCAGGCCCAAGCAGAGGGGCUAGUCAGUGAAAUCCAUCUCAAGGAUGUGGAGCUAGAAAAGUUAAAUGGGCUGUGGAGGGGGCUUGAGGUGAAUACAGCCAGGAAUCGGUUUGGAACAAGCAACUCUGAGAAGGGAUCUCUUUCCUCUGAUUACAUUGUUGAUCUUCAUCAAAGGCCUUCUUAUCACAUCAGUGGCCGAACUGAGAACCAACAGAGGCUCAUGCUACUCAGGUCGGCUUUCGUGCUCUACAUUUUAGCCCUGCACAUUUUGGUCUUCAUCAAGCUUUCGUUCUAAAGUUCUUUCUGAAUGUAUUGUUUACAUAAUGUAAACGUUUCUCAUGUAUAUUUGAUGAAACACUAAUUUCCUUCUGAUUUACUCUUGUAUAUUGAAAAUAAUUAUCUCUUAGCAUUAGGAGAAUAGAGUACAGUAGGGAAAAUAACCACUUGAAAAAAAAAACAUAUUGUAAAAUUCUCGAUUUGCAGAAGUGUAUGGAGGUCUGACAAUUAAAUUUCAGCGGCACAUCUAGAUUUUUGCUGAAA